AUGAAGCAAAUUGCACGACGAUAUGUCUGGUUUCCUAAAAUUGAUGAAGCUAUUGAAAACAUUUCAAAAUGUUGUUCUACCUGUCAAGAAGCUGGUAGUAAUCCAAAUAGAGAAUUUUCAUCUUGGCCAGAAGCAACUAAACCUUGGGAGAGAAUUCAUGUCGAUUUUGCUGGUCCAUUCUUUUCUCAAAUGUGGUUAAUAGUAGUAGACGCAUAUUCUCGUUUUCCAUAUGUAAUUGAAAUGUCAACCGCUACAUCGUCUACAACUAUUCGUGCUCUUCGAGAUAUAUUUUCGGUCGAAGGUCUACCUAAUACCAUCGUAAAAGACAAUGGAAGUCAAUUUACUUCUAAAGAUUUUGAAGAAUUUUGUCGAAGAAAUGCUAUAUAA